CAUAACCUUAAUUUUAAUUUCUAAUUUUAGUAAUUUUACUAUUUUACUAAUGUAAUUAAAAACAAUUAAAACAAAUCGUUUUACGAUCGUUUUCGAUUGCAAAAAUGACUUCUACAACACCAAGUGUCUUAGAAAUUAAACCGAAUAGAUUACUGCUAGAUUCAAGUUUCGAUGGCUACAAACUUUCACUUGAAGAAAUACCAGUUUCCAGAAAAAAUUUAGAAACACCAGUUGACAAAAUUCUAUUAAACUCAAGUCAAUACAGUUUCUUACACGCAAAACUGUUCGGAUUGCACAACCAUUUAAUAUCCGAUAAAUACGAUGGAUUUAACUCAGUAUAUUUCAUUGACAAGAGUCUUAACGUUCAGAAAACUUAUAUUGACUCUUAUACUCAUGAUUUAAUAAAUCCCAUCACUGUCUAUUCUAUACCAAGACCAAGGGAACAAAAAUCAGGAGAUUAUAAUGUAACCUUUUGUUUUGCUAGUCCCCAAUUAGCAGUGGUUUCAGAUGGAAUGGGAACAAUAUACAUAUUGGGUACAAGAGACAAGAAAGAUGAUGAUUCUUUUGAAACUCUGUUUGCUGGAAAAGUUCUUGAUAACGAAGAACAGGGUUUUCUUGUUACGGAUGCAAUGUAUCAUGAAAGCAGUAAUCAAUUACAUGUGCUUCUUCUGCAUAUUGAAGAAGAUCCAAUAGAAAGAUUCGUUUCUGUGAUUCAUUGGUUAACAUUCAAGGAAAUAAAGGAUGUUAGUGACUCAUGGGGCCAAACUGCUUUGAGACGACUUAAAACAAAAGGUGAAAUACAGUAUUUACACUUAGAGGAAGAAGGUGAUCAUAUUUACAUAGUAUCGGAGAAUGAUAUAAGGUUUGAAUUAAACUCUGAACAUCCUGUUAACACUGAGGAAGAUAAUACAUCAUCAAAUUCAACAACAAAAGAUUACAAAUGGUCUCAAACUCUAGAAGAUAUAUCGGUUGAAUUUUCUUUGCCUGAAGACGCUGAAAAAACUUUGAUAAAUGUAAAAACUGAGGUUGAUAAAAUUAAUAUAGAGUAUGGCACAAAAGUGUUACUUGCUGGAGAGUUGCAUGAGAAAAUUGAUCCAAAUCUUACUACUUGGACUGUUGAACCUAAUAAUCUUUUAGUGGUCAACUUGAAUAAACAAGAAAAUUCUGAAUUUUGGAAUGAAUUAGUUAAAGGUGAUACCAAAGGAGAGUACGUUUUAAAUUCAUGUAUAAUAGACCAAGUUAAUGAUACGGUUGGAAGAUUUAGAUCUGAUGGCCAGCAAACAGAAACUACACCACAAUCAGGAACGACAUUUAACUCCCAGCAAAUUGAAGAAUGUGACUUUGAGUCAGAUAAAUCAGAAACAUUUUCAAGAAUAAGCAGUAUUACUAACUCAACCACUCACAAGAUACAUUUAGGAUCACAUCAAGUGAUUCUGAAACCGUAUUUAAAUUCACAUCAUUCCCGAGCUCUAGGAAUAAGACACGAUGUUGAUGUCUGUCUAUGGCAGCCAUUUUUGGAAAGUGGAAAUUUUGAAAUUAAACAUGAAGGCACCUUGUUGGCAUUUGGUUAUGUGCAGGCUUCUAAACAGAAUAGAAAGUUUGUAACAUGCUCGCCGAAUUUAGAAUAUGCAGUAAUCUGUGAAACAUCCGGUCAUAUAUUUAUCUACAAGCAAAACAAACCUCUUUUAUCUGUGCAAUUAAGAAAUCGCACGACAGGUAGAAGAAUAAAAAAUAUCGCUCAACAGCAAGUUUUCAAUUUACCUAAUCAGGAUAUACAUGGUUUAUUUGCUAGUAACACGCAUUUAUUUCUUUUAGGUGAAGAUUUUAUUUUAUCGUUAAGGAUUUGUAACCCUACACAAUAAAUAUAUAUUAUUUUUAUAUUGAUAUACCCUUAAAA